CGCGUUGCGACAUCGUUGACACCUCAAAACAACACUGCCAUUUGCAGCACCAACAAUGCGAUGGCCCUGGUCUGGCGACGACAAUGACAAGACACGGUCCGAGCCGUCCUCGUGGGCCGAUUUACUUGACACGUCGAAGUGGUCUUGGGAUACGUUCACGGGACCGGGGGCCCUCGUUCCCUCGAUCGUCUUCACGGUGACAUCUCUCUCCGCAUUGCGUAUCUACAAAUCAUAUUUGAGACGCAUUCCAAGCGUCAAUCAUAUCAAACCGGAUUACUUUCGUCGACGAAGCUUGUUCGGCCAAGUCAGUUCAGUUGGAGAUGCAGAUAAUUUCCGUCUCUUCCACACGCCAGGUGGACGGUUGAGUGGUUGGGGUUGGCUCCCCUGGAAAAGGGUACCUACCACGAGGGAAGGUUUGACCAAUAAAACCAUACACAUCCGCAUCGCAGGAGUUGACGCACCAGAGCUAGCGCACUGGGGUCGAGAAGCGCAGCCAUUUUCCAAAGAGGCAUAUGACUGGUUAACCCAGUAUAUUCACAAUCGACGAGUUCGAGCCUAUAUCUACAGACGUGAUCAAUACGGCAGAGUGGUGGCGCAAGUGUUUAUCAGGAAAUGGUUCGUCCAAAAGGACGUUGGAUUGGAGAUGCUGAAACAAGGAUUGGCGACUGUCUAUGAAGCAAAGACAGGAUCUGAAUUUGGAAAGUCGGAGCAGAUCUAUCGGGAUGCCGAACAAAAAGCAAAAGCAAAUCAUGUCGGCAUGUGGUCGAAGCCCUCUUUGCUAGGAAGGCUGCGUGGAGAAAGUGCAAAAGCACCAGAGAGUCCACGAGAAUACAAGAGCAGACACAAUGCUGCAGAUAAGCUCAAGAAAGGAGCAUAGAGGAGGGCAUACCCAGCGUUGCAAUCAACAAUAGUGAUAAAGUUAGGAGUCAUGCAUUACUCAAAAAACUUUGCCAAUCAUUGUC